CAGGCUGUGGACGCCCUGCUCGCGGUGGCGGUGCAGGCGGGGGUCGACGCCGUGGUGUUCACUCCGCUUGGGGCCCACGCCGGCGCGCACCCCGCGGAGGACGCGGGGGAUCUGCUGCACAAGGCCUGGCAGGCCUUCGGGCGGCACUUCGUCGAGGCCCGCGUGUGCCAGGAGUACCCUGGCCAGCUGCGGGGCGGCUGGCAGCCGUUCAAGGCGGCGGUGGAGGGCGGCCGCCAGCGCAUCCGGCACUCGCCCCUCGUGCCCCUGAAGGCGUCGCCCUACGUGCGCCCUGGCUGGAAGUACCCGAAGUCCGGGGGCGCUGCGCUCACGCGGGCGACCACGCUGGUGAUGCACCGACUGCAGCAGGACCGGGUGGCCGAGGCGAAGAGGAAGCACGAGGAGCGCCGGCAGCACCUGCAGGAGGCGCGAGCGAAGUACAAGGAGGACGAGGCCGAGGCCGAGGCCGACCCCCAGCAGGAGCUUGAGCGCCGCGAGGCCACGCUCAAGGCCCUGCAGUUCCAGGCGGACUUCGCGCGGGCGCAGCUCCUGCAGCAGGAGACCCGGGUCCUCGAGGAGAUGCAGGCCGUCGACGAUGUCAGGGACAGGCUCGAGGCCCUCCGGAGGGCCCAGGAGCCCGCCGUGGAGUCCCUCCGGGAGGAGCCGAGCAUCAUGUCAAGCGGCAGCAGCGGCUCGACCAUGAGGAACGCCUUUGAGGAGGCGCGGCGCGAGAACUGGGAGCGCGACCUGGCCGCCGUGGAGGAAAUGGAGAAGCAGGGCCGGUCGACCGUGCAGCUGUACAAGGCCAUUCUCUCGAACAGGAACUCCGUCGUCGUCCGCGGCGCCAGCAAGUAGCGAGGCAGCGGCCGCCUGCGCCGGCGGCUGGCGCGAAGGGCGGGGAGCAGCGCCGAGCGCCGGCGGGGUCCCCCCGGGCGGAAGGGCGCCUGCCUGCGCCUCCCUGCGCCUCUCUAGAGGGACAGGCCCGACUUCAGAUCGCACGGGUGUCCGCGGUUGGGUCGGUCCGGCUGCGUCGCGGUCGGUUGCGCUCGGUCGCGUUCGGCUGUCUGUGUCGGCGUCGUCGCUGCGGCGCUGCGCCCUGCCAGGCUGCGUGCGGCCUCUCGGCGCUGGUCGGCUUGGAGUUUGCUGCCGGCUCCGGCGGUCUGGGGCCCUGCUGUCGCCGUGGACGCCCGUGCCCCCUCCGCCUCCCCGCCUCUCCCCGCUCCCCCCCUUCGGGUGGUCGGGUUCGUUGUUACACCCCUCCUUCUUCAGACGGAACUUCUAGCUUGCACGCAGCCCACUGUUAUCGCGCAGCGACGGUGGCGUGCAGUGGUCGCCAGCUUGUCUCUGGGAUGCUGCUGGCUCAAUCUGAGCCGUAGUGUGCAGUGCUUGGCGAUGGAUCGGGCAGAA